CUGAAAGCACAGCUGCAUGAAGAAACAAAGGCUCAAGAGACUCUUGUUGGGCAUCAGAAAGGAUAUGGUGAAGACCAAAAACAUGUAAGCAACCAAUCAAAAAAAAGAGAAGAUGAAUGCAUGAUGUCUAAGGACAAAUCAAAAGACCUGACCUUUCAGUUGCUUGAAGGCGAUGCGCAUGUCCAAAACCUGGAAUCGGCACUUCAGAUGCUUGGCAGAGAGAAAGAAGAGCUGGAGAAACAGGUGGCAGUGCUAGCAGGCCAUAUUGGCUUGGAGUACAAGCUUUUGAGAAAGAAAGGACUAGAGCAAGAGCUAGGUGGAGAUUGCAAACCUAAAAAUGAGUGCUAUUACCUUAUCGGAAACGACAAAGAGCUUGUUGAUGACAAUCCCUCGUUAUGCCAGCAGCUGAUAAACAAGGACGACAUAUUAAACCUCCUGCAAGUGCAUCUCAGAGAAGCAAUGAAUCGGUGCCAGGAGCUAGAACACCUAGCAACCAAAGAAAUCCGGGAAACCACCGAACACCUGGAAAGAGAGAAGGAUUAUGUCAAAGACAGGCUUUUUGAGCUAGAAGACUUGGUACGGAGGCUAGAGCAAGAAACCAUUUCAAAUCAGGAUGACAGGAUGGAGCUGACUAGACUUUCUGAAGAUAACACAUUUCUCAGGAACAAAGCAGAGCGGCUCCAACAAGAGAUUAUUCAUUCGGAUGACUCCAGCAAGAAAUACAGAACUCAGGUUGAGGAGUUGAAGAAAGAAACAGAGUGCCUGCAUUCCAAACUGGAACAAUUAAGCAAACAGUACCACGACCAGCAGAAUGAGUUUUCACAAUCAAAUGUACAGCUUGAGGAGACCAUUCUUCAUCUAAACACCAAACUACAAGAGGUCUCUGAACAGAAGGAUAAAGCCAAUGUUGUUCAAGAGCAACUGCAGGGAAUGAUUACUGCUCUGGAAACUGAGAGACACGAGAAACAGAUGGUCUGGCAAAGAGAAAAAGAAGAAUUAGAACAAGAACUGCAGAAAACCAAACAAGAGAAUGAGAAAUACUGGGAUGAACUGUGCCAGCUGAACACACAGAGCCUUCAGUUGACAAGCACCUUAUCCGAUCUCACUGCACAGAGAGAGGGGAGCUAUGAGACCAUCCAGCAUAUGAAUUGUAGACUCAGUGAGGUGAAUGAAGAAAAGCAUCAGGCAUCUGCACUUUUGGAGCAGCUACAAGGAAAGAUGAAUGAGCUUAAGAGAGAGAACCUUCAGAAUGAGGCUGGAUGGCAGAAGGAAAAAGAACAGAUUCAAAGUGAACUGCAGAUGUGCAAACAGGAGAGUUUUGAAACACGUAAUGAACUAUGUCACUUGACCAACGCAAUGUUUCAACUAAAGAUGCAGAAUAAGGAUGGCCAAGAGAACAUCCAGCACUUGGAAAGUAGUCUGAAAGAGGUGAACAAGCAGAAGCAAGAGGCUACAGCAACCACAGAGAAAAUUCAAAACCAGCUUCAUUUAGUAGAGAGAGAGAAGACUGAUUGGUGCCAGGCUAGAGAACGACUGGAACAAGAUCUGCAAACAUCUAGCGCAAAGAUUGAAACACUGCUUCUCCAACACAGGCAGGAAAAACAAGAUCUUCUGAAUGGAUUAGAUGAAAGCAACAAACAGCUCUUGGUUGUGGUAACACUUCAAGAAGAAGUAUCAUCAUUAAAGCAGGAAAAGCGAUUUCUGGAGGAACAGCGUAAUUCUGUUACCAGACUACUGAAAGAAGCCACUGACAAGGUUAGUCAAGCAGAAGAACUUAAGGUUGAACUAAAAGAAGCUCAGGAGGAAUGUCAUACUCUAAAGAAAACACAGGGUGAAACUAAGAGCAAAACUGGAGGCAUCUCAGGAUCAGGUAUUAGAAGCCAACAGCAAGCUGACCCUUGCACAGUCGCAGCAAGUACGGGAAGUCCAGCAGUGGAAGGAAAAGAUGAGCAGUUAUGUUCCUAAAGAGCAGUUGUCACAACUGCAGAGCAGACUGUCAGAAGAACAGCAGAAGGUCCAGCAGCUCCAAGAGCGGUUGAGGUUUCAUGCAGAGCAGACCAACCGGCAACUGGCAAUGCAACAGGAGGAACAUGAGAGGCUGCUACGGAGGAUAGAAGAACGCAUGCAGGAAGUAGAAAUGAAUCUAAAGAACGUGCGGGUCAUGUUACGGGAAAAAGUGGACCAGCUAAAGGAACAGCUGGAGAAGAAUGCAAAAUCCGAUAUCUUGCUGAAGGACCUGUAUGUGGAAAAUGCCCAGCUGAUGAAGGCUCUGCAGGUGACUGAGCACAGACAGAAGAGUGCAGAGAAGAAGAACUAUCUCCUGGAAGAGAAGAUUGCAGCACUGAACAAAGUCGUUAGGAAAAUUGCACCUGCCUCUCUGGCAGUUUAA